AUGCAGCCUUACCUCAGCCACCAGCCUUGCUGGAGCCUCCCCAGCCCCAGCGUCCGUGAGGCAGCUUCCAUGUAUGGCACUGCUGUGGCCAUCUUCCUGGUCAUCCUGGUGGCUGCACUGCAGGGCUCGGAGCCUGCGGAGAGCCCCUUCCCUUACCACAUCCCCCUGGACCCUGAAGGGACUUUAGAGCUCUCGUGGAACGUCAGCUAUGACCAGGAGAUCAUCUACUUCCAGCUCCAGGUGCGAGGCCCGAGGGCUGGGGUCCUGUUCGGAAUGUCGGAUCGAGGCGAGAUGGAGAACGCAGACCUCGUCAUGCUCUGGACUGACGGGGACAAGACCUACUUUGCGGACGCCUGGAGUGACCAGAAAGGGCAGAUCCAUCUGGAUACCCAUCAGGACUACCAGCUGCUCCAGGCCCAGAGGGCGUCAAACAGCCUAUCCCUGCUCUUCAAGAGGCCCUUUGUCACCUGCGACCCCAAGGAUUAUGUCAUUGAGGAUGACACUGUCCAUCUAGUGUAUGGGAUCCUGGAGGAGCCAUUCCAGUCUCUGGAGGCCAUCAACACCUCAGGCCUGCAUACAGGGCUACAGCGGGUGCAGCUUCUGAAGUCUGAGGUCUCCACUCCAGCCAUGCCUGCGGAUGUACAAACCAUGGAUAUCCGGGCUCCUGACGUCCUCAUCCCCAGCACUGAGACCACAUACUGGUGCUAUAUCACUGAGCUACCCCUCCACUUCCCCCGACGCCACAUCAUCAUGUAUGAGGCCAUUGUCACGGAGGGCAAUGAGGCCCUGGUGCACCACAUGGAGGUCUUCCAAUGUACAAAUGAGUCUGAGGCUGUCCCCAUGUUCAACGGACCCUGCGACUCCAAGAUGAAGCCUGACAGACUCAACUACUGUCGCCACGUGCUGGCGGCAUGGGCCCUGGGCGCCAAGGCAUUUUACUACCCAGAAGAAGCCGGUGUCGCCUUUGGGGGCUCAGGAUCCUCCCGGUUUCUCCGACUGGAAGUUCAUUACCACAAUCCACGGAAUAUACAAGGCCGGCGCGACUCCUCUGGCAUCCGUCUACACUACACAGCUAGUCUCCGACCCAACGAGGCAGGCAUCAUGGAGCUUGGACUGGUGUACACGCCCUUGAUGGCCAUCCCCCCUCAGGAGACCACCUUUGUUUUGACUGGCUACUGCACAGACAGGUGCACCCAGAUGGCACUGCCGAAAUCUGGAAUCCACAUCUUUGCCUCACAGCUCCACACGCACCUGACUGGCAGGAAGGUGAUUACUGUGCUCGCCAGGGAUGGCCAACAGAGGGAAGUGGUGAACAGAGACAACCACUACAGCCCCCACUUUCAGGAGAUCAGAAUGCUGAAGAAUGCUGUGACUGUCUACCAGGGGGAUGUCCUCAUCACUUCGUGCACAUACAACACAGAAAACAGGACAAUGGCCACAGUGGGGGGGUUUGGAAUCUUGGAGGAGAUGUGCGUCAACUACAUACACUACUACCCCAAAACAGAGCUGGAGCUCUGCAAGAGUGCCGUGGAUGAUGGCUCCCUGCAGAAAUACUUCCACAUAGUAAACCGGUUUGGCAAUGAGGAGGUCUGCACCUGCCCUCAGGCCUCUGUCCCCCAGCAGUUCGCCUCUGUGCCCUGGAACCCUUUCAAUCGUGUUAUGCUCAAGGCUUUGUAUGACUAUGCCCCUAUCUCUGUGCACUGUAACAAGACCUCUGCCGUCCGCUUCCCGGGUAAUUGGAACCUGCAGCCUCUGCCUAAGAUCACCUCCGCAGUGGAAGAACCUGCCCCACGCUGCCCCAUCCGACAGACUCGGGGACCCGCCGGCCCCUUCGUUGUCAUCACCACGGAGGCAGACGCUGAGUAAUUGUUCUUCGGCCCCUCCUCGUUUUGUCCCUACUGGGCUCACUCCAGCUCUGCGCACCCCACAUGAAGACCCCCUUCCAUAGAAUAGUGCUGUUCACCUAGGAGGAAGGGGGUAUCACCUUGGAGACACCUGCACGGCUGCAUCCCAUGAGGUCUGACUGGACAGAGCAGCUCUGGACAUCAUCACUGCUGGCUCCACAGAGGGACAACUCAAUGUGGGAGUCCAGAUUCAACUCCACAGGACCUCCCUUGCCUCCAGAACAGCCUUGCCAGGCCUCACAGUCCUGACCCUGUUGGCCCUCUGGUGGUAACUUGUGUUGGUGUAUGCCAUGACAACACUGUUUAAAUAGUC